UCCUUUUAUAUUCAAAGUGUGUGAUCCGUUCCUCACAGGCACAUUAUCAAAUCCCAUUUUAAUCCCUUGGUUUUAUUACCACUGGAGCCCCCGCAUCUGGCACUGAGGGAUGGAGAACCUUCCGGAUUGUGGUCCAGUUUAAUUCUCUGAAAAAGGCACAUUCUCAAAUCCCAUUUUAAUCCCUUGGUUUUAUUACCACUGGAGCCCCCGCAUCUGGCACUGAGGGAUGGAGAACCUUCCGGAUUGUGGUCCAGUUUAAUUCUCUGAAAAAAGAUCAGUCCCUGUGACUCUUCCCACAUGAGCUACCAGAGGCAUGGAGCUACGGGGACAGCUCUCCAGCGGCUUGUUCUGUGUCAUACUCCUAGCAGCGAUUACCUUUUCAGAGAGUUUUGAAGUCAUCUCCUCCCCAACUGCCACGGGGAUCGUCGGCCAGAAUGUGGUCUUACCCUGCCAGAUCUCCACCAGGACACAGCCAGACAAUAUGGAAGUGCAGUGGAAGAAAAUUAUUCAGACACAUAUAGAGACUGUCUAUGAAUACAGAGCUCAGACAGGCCAGGAUGUGCCAGGGCAGAAAUACCAGGGCCGGACUGUGCUGUUGAAGGAUGGAUUCUCCUCUGGGAAUGUGUCUUUAAAGCUGAAGAACAUCCAACCAGCUGAUAGGGGAACAUACAGCUGCAUUGUGAAGUCUAACGAGUGGAGCGCUGAUACUGCAACCGAGCUUAAAAUUGCAGCUGUUGCCUCCGUGUCCAUUGACGUGCUGGGUCCCCAUGGCCAGGGGAUUGACCUAGCCUGCAGGUCAACAGGGUGGUUCCCCAAACCUGAACUCCUCUGGGUUGCAAAGGGUGGGCAGGAUCUGCAGCCUGUAACCAAAAUGGAGCAGGAUCGUGAACUUCUGUUCAGUGUUCUGAGCCGCGUCACAAUCCCGGGAGAGGAAACUGGAGAAAUCAGUUGUGUUAUGCAAAACAGCCUGCUGAAAACAGAGAAGAAAUCUGUCAUUCUCCUCUCAGGUGAUAUUUUCCCUCAUGAACCACCAUGGCUUGCUGCAUUCUGGGUGUUAUUUACUUUAAACCUUCUUGCAAUUGGUGCCUGUGCAGUUUUCGGAUAUAAAGCAAAGCAGAAGUUUUCUCAGAAAAAAACAGAAGAAGAAGAUAGUUUAGUAAAAAAGGAUGGAGAGAUUAAGACCUUGGAAUCAGAGUGUCAGGAUCUACGGCAAACACUUGGAAGAACAGUCACAGAACUAGAUUUCAGGAGGGUUCGGAGCUACAUGGUUCCCAUCACCCUGGAUCCGAGUUGUGAACACCCUGAACUCAUCAUGUCUGCAGAUGGCAGAACAGUCCAACACAACCCUUCUUCUCUAGAGCUGGCUGCUCCCUCCAGGGCCCUGAUUGUUGUGGGGAAGGAGGGGUUUGUGGCCAGGAGGAAGGAUCAUAGUGGGGAGGAUAGGGUUUGCAGGUGGUACUGGGAGGUGGAGGUGGGGGACAGCCCGGACUGGGAGCUGGGGGUGCUGAGUGAGACUGUGAGGAACAGAGUGAGACAGAAAAGGUUGGAGAGAACCCCUGAGGGGAGGUGCUGGGCUUUGGGGAGAUCAGAGGGGAGGUAUCACCCCAGGGAGGCCGACACUGUGAUCCAGAAGUGGGAUAGGAAGCCGACAGUGGUAGGGGUGUAUCUGGAUCUAAAAGGGAUGACUCUUUCAUUUUAUAGUGUCAGUGAAAUGACCCUUAUUCUGGCGAUUCCUGUGGAAGAUUCUGAGAGAUUGUUCCCAUUCCUCAGCCCUGGUCACGCUGUGGGGAGGGACAAGGGGAAACCCCUCAGCAUCUGCCCCCUCAGCGACUGGGAUUUCUGCCAGAAAUUAGCAGUCACUGGGUCUGUUAGUCAGGGAGCUCCCACAAGCACAACACAGCCCCCUGCCUCUGACAAUGGGGACGGGGCAGGAAACAACACGGGGGCACCUGCAACAGGAAAAACAGCCCCAGCCACUGGACACCACCCUGCUCCUGAAGACCAGGAUGUGGAAGGAAAAAGCACUGGGUCAUCUAAGCUCAAAAAUUUUGCAAAGUACUUCUCCAUCCAGAAAAUUGGAAAGGGGAAUAAAACAGAGCAGGAGCAUCUGUCAGCAAAAAGGGGGAAAGAAAAACCAAACUCCAAGAUCUCAAAAGCCCUCCAGCAGAGCAAAGUGAGUCAGAAAGAGAAAAAGACUCAGAACUUGAAUCCAGGGCAGAUCUCUGGAGAUGACACUCUUCUUCCACAGAUUUCAGAGUCAGGAACUAUGACAGGGGAAUCAGAUCCAAACUCUAACACGCUGGAAAGAACCUUGCCUCAAAUCGAGUCUGGAAAUGGUGACACUUCAGAUAUUUCCUUCCGCUUGAACUCAAAGGAUACCUGCAGCAAUUAGUGAUAAUGAUUUUAAACUCACACUAGUUAAAUAGGAUGGUGUUAACUGGAGGGCACUAUGCUAAUGCUACUGUUAAGGUAAGGAAUUUAAAUACACAGAACUCAGGAAAUGCAGGAGGGAAGGUUCUUACAGUAACACUAACUCUGCUGCUGCUACCCUUAUUCAGUUUGAUACUCAGAGUGAGUGGGUAGUAAAAUGAAGCCCUCACUCUGUAGGACCAGAGUCUGAUAUGUGCAAUAGCACCUUAUUCCAACAUCAGUCCUAUUACUUCAGUGAGACUACUCCUUGAGUAAGGUACUAUGCAGCAUGAAUAGACACCAGACUCAGGCCAGUCGGAAACAGUGUGGCCACCUUCACCUUUUGCACUUCCUGACUUUUGUCCAUUUACAUACCCAGUAAAUAGGACCAACAUUUUCCAAAAAGGGAGAGAAGGUGCAGGGACCACAGCUGCACAUGCUGUUGGGGUGAGUCAAUGCACAUUUGGUGACUUUGAAACCUAAAUAGGUAUGUGCAUGCAAAUAGAUAAUUUACACUUGCAACUGUGAUAAUUGCAGGUGCAAAUGCUAAUGCACAAAUGCACAUUUUACAGGGAAAGUGAGCAUCUACCUUUAGGAAAUUUGCCUAUAACCUUUAAACUUGUAUUUUGUGUUUAAUUUCCCUAUUUAUUACACGUGAAACAAAAAGAAAGAAAACGUCAGUGCUAGGCUGCAUGCAGCUAUGAAACUGGAAAGCCUUUGGUUCUCUGUGUACAGGGGGUAAAUUUUCAAAUGCACCUAGGUGAGUUAGGAUCCUAUUUCCUGUUUCAGAAGUGACUUAGGCACUUGAACUGAUCAUCAAAGGUAUUUAUGCAUUUAACUCACAUUAAAUCAAGUGUAGAGAUACUCUUAGGCACCUAAAAGUCUGUUUUAGGCUACUAAAUCACCUAGGAUCAGAUUUUAAAAAGUAUUUAGGUGCCUAGUUUCCAUUUGAAUAAAAAUCUGACCCUUUUGAAAAAAAUUUCAUUAUACUUUUAAAUGUUUAAGAACACACCUUUACAUACAGAGUCGAGUAGCUGUUUUGUAGAGGGUCGUGGCAGCUAAAAAUGAAGGAGAUGUGCGCAUGCACCUGUGCACAUACACACUGUGUUCUCACAGAGAUAUUACUUUUGUUCUCUCUUCCUGUUGUUUUCCUUAAUCCAAAAUACCCUAGAGGUGUUUGUGUUGUUUUUUGUGCAUGGAAACAUACAAAUUCAGGCAAUGAGGAUGGUAAUGUAAAGCACAAGGAGGAGCUUAGAGAAAAUGAGGAAGCCGUGAAACAGUAUCCAAAAUAGAAACAAAUGACAAAAAGAACUUUGUGGAAAUAUAUAGUUUGCAGGUUAAUGAAGAAGAGGCAAUAUAUGAAAUAUACAUUCAUAGGUUUGGACAGUAUUUUCAUGAAAAUAUUAUCAAAGUGUUCCAAAAACAAUUUUUUAUCUUCAUUAAUGAUCUGGAAGAUGGCGUGGAUUGCACCCUCAGCAAGUUUGCAGAUGACACUAAAUUGGGAGGAGAGG